GGAGAAUCAUGUGAAAACAAUCAUUGAAACUCGUGUUUUAUUUUGCGUUUUGCACCUCUGGUGUCGACAUGUUUCUCUCGGAGGUGUUGGUGUGUCUCCAGCUGCUCCUGUGUCUUCAGGUCGGGUCUCUGUCUCUGAUUCGGGGACAGCAGCGGUGGCCGGUCCCUUACAGGCGCUUCGAUCGUCGACCCUCUGUGGACUCGUACUGUGAAGCUCUGUAUCCAUUCUGUCCAACCGGAGACCGAGAUGGACGCAUUCCCUACAUGAGAGACAGUGAUGUCAUCUCAGUUUACCGGCUGCAGACACCAGUAUGGGAAUUCAAGUAUGGAGAUUUACUGGGGAAACUUCACAUCAUGCACGAUGCCGUCGGCUUCAGCAGCUUGGAGACCGGGGUCAACUACACCAUGGAGUGGUACGAGCUCUUUCAGCUGGGCAACUGCACCUUUCCUCACCUCAGGCCGGACGUGUCUGCGCCUUUCUGGUGCAACCAAGGGGCCGCCUGCUUCUUCGAGGGGAUCGAUGACGUGCACUGGUUACAGAAUGGCACUCUGGAGAAAAUAGGAGAACUCACAGCUGGUGGGGAGUUCUUUCCUCAGUUCAAAUGA